GAAGAAGUUCAAACAUCAGGCUGUCGUUUCUAGGAAUCCGUCUUGUUUUAUUCCUACAUUCUCCGCUAGGGUUUAUCAAUUUUUUUGAUGUCACAAACUAAAACCCUAGAUAAAUAAUAAAUAAUCAGUUUUCAUUUUCAUUUGAAGCAACCCAAGCAAAUUUAGUUGAGAGUUAUAAGAUGGCGAGUACGUAUAUGCACGGUUCACCCAGUAAUGGACUAACUAGUAAACCUAUUAAGAGAAUGGCUGCAUUUUCAACACCUUUUUGUGCUGUUAGAACGCAAAGGAAUCACCUUACAUUGAUGGAUAAGACUAAUGGAAUUCAUUCUACCAAUGGUCUUAAGAAAGUAGGGUUUUCUUGUGGUGAAACCAUGUCGGCUAGCCAAGCACAGUUGUUUUCUUUGCGGAUAACUCCUAGUAGAAAGACGGGGUUUCUAGUGGUUAGAAAUCAGGUUUCCGAUUCUGAUUUGGGUAAUGUGGAGGAGAAAUUCAGAGUACAGGAAGAGAGUGGGGAUGUUCCAAAAAGUUUCAAGCAAGGAACUGAAAAGUUGGCGGAGAAUCUGAUAAGUAGUUCAAGUAAUCUAAGUGUCACACAAGAACUUGUUGGUCUUUCUUUGCCAGCAUUUGGUGGACAAGCAAUCGAUCCUUUAGCACAACUGAUGGAGACAGCUUAUAUUGGUAGUUUUGGUCCUUUGGAGUUGGCUUCUGCUGGUAUCUCUGUAUCAAUCUUCAACGUAAUAUCAAAGUUAUUCAAUAUUCCUCUUCUUGGUAUUGCAACUUCAUUCGUGGCAGAAGACAUUUCAAAAGCUGCAGCUAAGGAAUCUGCUUCAGCGCUGGUAGCAGAUGGGUCUUUCCAGAAAGAAAGUAAUAAUGGCAGGCCUCUUGAAGUUCCUGAGAAAAAGCAAUUAGCAUCAGUAUCCACCGCACUAUUAUUAGCUGUUGGAAUCGGUGUUUUUGAGGCUAUAUCAUUGUAUAUUGGAUCUGGAUUCUUCUUAACGUUGAUGGGCGUGUCGCCAGCUUCGUCCAUGCGGAUUCCAGCAGAAAGAUUUUUGAAACUGAGGGCAAUUGGUGCUCCUGCAGUCGUUCUGUCUUUAGCACUUCAAGGCAUCUUUCGUGGUUUUAAAGAUACAAAGACUCCUUUGCUCUGUCUAGGAGUUGGCAACCUUGUGGCUGUAUUUUUGUUUCCAUUGCUUAUGUAUACAUUUGGUCUGGGUGUAAUUGGUUCAGCCAUUGCCACUGUUUCAUCUCAGUAUAUCACCACCAUUUUGUUAAUCUGGAUUCUUAGUAAGAAGGUUAUAUUACUGCCGCCUAAGAUGGAAAAUCUGCAGUUUGGUGGCUACGUAAAAUCCGGUGGUUUCCUUAUGGGGAGAACUCUUGCUGUCCUUGGGUCUGUGACGUUAGGGACAUCCAUGGCUGCACGUCAAGGUCCAUUGCGAAUGGCGGCUCAUCAAAUAUGCUUCCAGGUGUGGUUGGCAGUAUCCCUCCUUGCAGAUGCCCUGGCUUCAUCUGCUCAGGCUAUGAUUGCAAGUUCCUACUCAGAAGGUGAUUACAGUAGAGUGAAAGAAAUUACCAUUCUCGUUUUGAAGACAGGACUGUUUUCGGGUCUCGCCUUAACUAUCAUACUUGGUGCAUCUUUUGGUAAAAUUGCCACAUUGUUCACUAGUGACGCUGAAGUUCUAGCAAUUGCUAGAUCAGGGAUACUGUUUGUCUGUGCUAGUCAGCCGCUCAAUGCAUUAGCUUUUGUUUGUGAUGGUCUCCACUAUGGUGUUUCAGAUUUCAAAUAUGCAGCUCAGUCUAUGAUGCUGGUUGGAAGUGUAACUUCUGCAUUUUUGCUGUACGCUCCUCCAAUUUAUGGUCUUCCUGGAGUUUGGAUGGGUUUGAGUCUUUUCAUGGGUUUACGUAUGGUGGCAGGAUUAAUGAGAUUUAUGUCCAAAUCUGGGCCAUGGUGGUUCUUGCACAAGGACUUUCAGAACAGCCAGGUGAAGAGUUGUGAAUUUGUGAUGGAGCGAUGACUGAAAGAAACUAGUUGAUCUUGCUACAAAUGGGCAAAGUUGGUGGGCAUGGAAAUAGUAGCGGCAAAGAGUGAAUUCAUAUGACUGCAUGGAAGACAUAAUAGGAAGACCAUUUAAGGUUUACAGGAAGGAAGUGCACUGGUUGAGCACUUCAUCCAAACUGCAAUAGAGACACAUCACAUGCCCCACUUUCCACUUUCAAUACAACCUUACUAAAUGCCAUUGAUUUCCAUUAACAAAUAAACAAACUAAAUGGCAUCAUUACGGCCCCAAAUGCUUCUCGGUUUGGGCCCUUUUAUGCCCCCGCCUUUAGUAGAUUGCAGUCCUUGCGGACACCUCGCCAUAUAAAUGCGCGUUGCUAAAUGCCUAUCCGGUCCCAGUUUAUGGAUAAGCUUAACUAUUAUUGUAUCACUGUGUGUGGGUCGUUUGUACGUCGAUUGAGGCCUGGGAGUAGGUACAGCUAUCGUGCGCUAGAAUCUAGUCAAUUGCUAGCGUCGUCAGAAUUUGCGUCUUUCUCUGGCAUAAAAAGUCUUGGUAACGAUAAUCUAUCUAUAAGACAACAUGUUGCCGAACCAUUUUUCUUCUUGAAACUU